CAGCAAAAAUAAUAGUUCGACUGCUUGGGGCUCUUCAAAAUUCAAAAAUUUGAUGAAAUUAUUUAAUAUUAAUUUCUAUUAUUUACCAUCAAAUAUAUAUAAAUGUUAUACUAAAAGGUGUGCGCCAAGUAACAAUGUUAUCUUCAGAUUUAUCCACAGACGAAGAAAAAAUGUACAGUGAAGAGGAAUUGAGCUCUGAACAAAACAGUGAAGAAAAUAAUUCUGAUGGCUAUUCAUCGUGUUCUGAUGAAGAGGAAGACCCAAAUAGCUCUUCAAAGCUAAAACUAGCAGAUGAUGACUUUCGACAGAUGCCGUUCGAGGAUUUAUUACAAUUGAAACGCCGUCUUGGUUCGAAAGUAUACAACGAAGCUGUAUUUGGAAAAGAAAGUAAAAAUAUAUCCACAGACUUAGUUAAAAAUUCGGGAAAGAAUAAAAAUAAGCGUGCAUUGCAUAAGGACAGUGACUCCGACGGUCCGCCAGAGGAACUCAGUGCAAAACGAAAGGUUCCCGCUCUGGGAAUGGAUAAGAGUCGUCUCAAAAAGGAACAGUCACGUUUCAGGGAUCCUCGAUUCGAUGCUAAGCAAGGCUAUUUUAGCGGUCGUAAAUUCAGAGAACAAUAUGGUUUUUUGAACGAUUUGCGUACUGACGAGCUAAAAACGUUGAAGAAACAAGUCGAAGAAACCGAAGACCCCGACGAGACGGAACGAUUGAAGUUUGCAGUCCGCAGAACAGAGAAUCAAAUUCUGGAAUUCAACAAACAGAAGGUUCAAGAUAAAAAACGAAAGGAGGAAAAGUUGCAAACUCGGAAAGCCAUCGAUGAAGGAAAGAGACCGUUCUAUGAGAAGAAUAGUACGAAAAAAGCUCGCGAAUUGGUUGAAAAAUAUGAUAAACUUACGGAAGAAGGGAAAAUUGGAAAACACAUCGACAAACGAAAGAGGAAGAUUACUGCAAAAGAUAGGAAGAAGCUCGAUUUUUCGACAUAAAAUAAAUAAA